CGGGAACAGGGACAUUUAACUCCAACUCGACUGAGGAAUUUCAGCCUGCUGGCUGCAUGUGCACAUCUGCAGAAGCAGAGUUUUACUACGCUGAGCUAAUAGGGCCGGAGAUGCCUGCAUCUGGUGUGCUGCAGCUGCCAACAGGAUGUCCUGCUCCUGCUGCAAGCUCUUGAGUGGCGGAGAGAAGCUGCUGCACGAGAUCAGCACGGAGGAGGAAGAGGAGGAAGCGGUGUGGAGGAUGGACGUGUUUGACCUCAGACAGCAGUACAGGAGCUGCAGGGAGAAGCGCCAGGAGGUGCUGCUGCCCGGGACAGUGUCCGAGGAGCGGUUUGAGGCCUUCAGCAUUGUCCCUGUUGCUCAGGGUUUAACUCUGCCAUUGGAACCAAUCAGCUCCAUAUCUUCAACCGCCAAUUUUGACUGCGACCCAAAGAUGUAUGACCCCUGGCACGUCCACCUGGACCUCCAUCGGAGAUCCCGACCUGCUGUCUCUGCCCAGUCACCGCUGUUGUUCAGGCCUAGGCCUUCCUCUAAAUCUAGAACCAGAGAACCAUCAGGAUCUCCUUGCAGCUCCAAAGAAACCUCACCCAGUGUGUUCUCUGCACAAGAAGAGCGUGUUUGUACUGACAGAUCUGAGCUGCGUUCAGACCUUCAGUUUUAUGGCAGACCUGGUUCAAGUCAGGUCCAGCGUUCUCUGGAUCCCAGUGAGGAGGUUCCUGUCUCCUCCUCCUCCACCCUGAAGACCAAAGUUACCAACUCUGAAGAGACCCCUACUUUGGAUAGUUUCUGCCCCCACCCUACCACUGAGGAGCAGGAGCAGAACCAGUCUUCUGGCUGGUGUUCAGCUCUGGUUCCAACUCCCAGGUUUGGCCGCCAGCUCAGUGAAGGAGGAGUCUGUUCGUCCUCUCAGAACCCUUUCCCAUUCCCCAAACGGAGGCCUCCAAGGCUCUCUGAGGCUGCGAGGAGGCUUGGCCUGUACUCCCCAUGAGAGCCUUGCACAACCUCAUGAACCAAUCAAAUCCAAAAGCACCAGAACAGGAAGAGCUCAGACAACGUUUGAGAAGCUCGGGAAACAAACCAAGAACCAAAUCAGUUCUUCUUAUUUCCGGUUCCCUGAUCUUAAUGAGGAGGGUCCUCAGGGAGCGUCAACAUAUCCACCAAUUAGUUCUCAAGAAGAGCCAUUGAGGAUCCCCUUUUGUGUUUAGUUUUGCAGUGUCCAUUAUAAAGAAAAAUCAAUAGUCAAAUGUUGAGAGCAUUAUCCUGUGGUUCUGGUUAAUCUUUACAUAAAUAAAAUUAGCAAAACUUU